AUGCCCAUGCGCCACCAACAUCUCAAAUAUGGUCCCCAGAUGCUAGAGUCGCUGAUCUUCAAUAUAAAACGAAAGGAGAAAACAUAUGGGCGUGAAGAAGACUCUAGUAGGUCCAGUACUAAGGAGGACCCGCAACCAGUCUGCCAUUGCCAGGCUUGUUGUCUCGGCACCACCAAGACCCCAAACCAACACCCUCACCACCACCCAAAUGGCCCCAACAACCGCCACUUCCACGCUAGAUCUUCGGUGACGGAACCCGACCCGACCCAUAUCCAGAAAACCCAACUCAGAGCCUCGACACCGCCGCCGCCUCCACCUCCUCCACCGGUUGUUGAAGAAGAGUCAGUGAAAGAGGUUCUCUCCGAAACCCCCAUCUCCAAACCCCAAAUCCCUAAAAUAUCCCAAGACCAAAACACCCAUCUGCCUCCGAAAUUCCAAGGAGAGCUUCCCGAUUUUCCUCCGCAACUCCAAGCAGAACCCAUCCAUUUUCCUCCGAAUCCCCAGGCAGAGCUCACCCAUGUUCCUCCCAAACUCCAAGCAGAGCAGCCCAAGGAGCUCUCCGAGGAGCCUUCUCAGGCUUCAGAGCUUUGUGGGGUUAGCGAGAGCUUCUCAUUGUCAACAACCACCACCACAACCACCAUUACAGACGCCAGAGAAGACGAAGCUACGAGCAAGCGGAAGAGAGACGUGGGUCACAGAGACAGGGCGAGUGGGCCUUCUUCAACGACGGCACGCUGCAAGCGUCCUUACUCCGGCGAACUCGCCGGCCGGAGAGAAAAAGGAGUCAAGCUCCCUGCGAGGGCGCCGGAACCAACAAUGGGGAAGAGGAAUCGGACUGAAACGAGGUCGUCUCGAGGGCGGGAAUCGGGUCAGCUGAGGACCAUGCAGCGUGGCGCGGGCCCCACCGGCGUCAGGCGUGAUGCGGUGUCGUCCCGGUCGAGGUCACCAGCUACACGGACGGCCGGUGGUGCUGGUCGGGCAGCUGUAGGAAGGAGCCCGGCGAAGGUGACUGGACGAGCCACUGCCGGUGGCAGUUCAUCGCAGCAGGGAGCAGUGGAGAGUGAGGGUAAACAAAUUAAAAAGGAGGCGGAACCAUCAAACGACGGCGUUUCGCAUCCCCAGAAGCAGGGGAACGAGUCCCUUGAGUUAGAAUGCUUCAUCUUUGUCUAAGUCUGCUUUUUCACAUUACUGGUUGCAUUUUGUGCGAAAUGUUUUUCUUGGCUUUUUUUGAAAGCAUUAUGGAAUCGAGCUGUUUUGAUGCAUAAACAUGUGCUGAUAAGAUAGAUUAGAGCAGCUUCAAAUAGCAAUAAGGGAAGUGCUUUUGAAAAAAUGGGAAAUUGAUUUUGCUUUAAAAAACAAUGUAUAUAUAUAUUCCCUAGAGAUGGUAUCAUCAGGAUUGGGCUGUGUCUUUAUCUUUAUGUGAAUUAGUGUUGAGCAUCCUUGUUUUUGGGA